UGAAGCAAUUUAAUCUGAGAAAUAUUUUUAACACGCCAAGCGCGAAAUUGUAAUCAAUUAUGUGUAUUUCGCAUCCCGUGUUCUUCGUCCAACGUCUACUUCCAAGAACUGCACUGGCAACUAAAGGAGCUAUUUCUGCAUAUAAAGAAGGGAACAAAGGGUCGAAAAGAUCUAUUGUCUCCGAUCGUGGAUUCUCCAUGGGGACAAGCCUGACGCGUUCAUUGAAAAACGAGCAAUUAAUGCAAAUAUUCCGCACAGGGAAUGCGUAAAUAAGUAGGUCGCUCGGUUGACCCGUCUUCUCUGAAACGCCACAAAGUGUUCUCGAGUCAUCUUCGCACUGUCAACAUUCUAUUCAGCGUAAUAAACGGUAAUUCACCAAAACGAGAAAUUCGUAUAAAAAAAUUAUUAAAACGAUUAAUGUCUCUUAUCGCAAUCAAGUCCCGGCGUGAGCAAAUAAUACUAAUUAGCGCAAAACACAAAAAUAAACGAUCAUAAAACUAGUCAAGUUAAGCGCCGGCAAGAUAAAUCCCUCAUUCAUGGACGCAACGUCUCGGUGCGUCCACAGGAUCGGUGACGAUUGACCCGUGACAUAGGCGUCGCAUCCCACGAAAGUCCUAAUAAGGACUGACUCGGCAAGAACAAGAAUUUACUUAUAGAUGUAUGAAUUUGGGAAAGAAGAAUUUGGAAGUGGAUCUGCGCUUUUAAAUUCCUUUAGCGUAUAAACCGGCGCUUGCAUCUCUUUGCAGCGAAAAUUAUUUCUCUGAUAACGCGUUAUCAGAGAAAUAAUUUAAAAUCACUGCUCUGUCAUCCUCAACGUCGUUAUCAGCGCAAUGUCUCAUUGACACGCAAAUUUGCACCAUGUGUCAGUCACGAUAAAGUAAUACGAGGAAAGUCUACCAGUUAGCUGGUUCCGAGAGCGGCGAGAGAAACGGCAGAAGUGUUUACGAGCGUUCCGAACGAAUGAUCGAUAAUAAGACGUAAAGUGAAAUGCAAAACGGCCUUCGCGUGUGGCUCAUCUAUCCGAGCUGACGCGUGUGGGAGCGGUUUCUGGACUCGGUCCAGACGUUACAUCAUUACGGGGAAGUUUGAUGUGUUUCGCUAUUAUCAGUCACCAUGUUGCCUAACGCCGAUGUUUGCAGCAUCGCAAUUUGCGGCAUAAGGCGACAUUGGCAUGCUCCACGUUGAUGCGCAUACAAAUGGCACGCGUAAAAGUUUCCCCGCUAUCCUCGUUAAAUUAGGCCAGACUGUUAAGAUUUUUGUUACGCGUGAAUAACGCAGAAUUAGUCGAACGGUCAUGCCCCCUUUAUAAGUGGAGUUGACACAUUGACGGAGACGGACAGUUCGUUUAACCGGCUGUUUAGGAACUGGCAUGACUCCAGGGGUAUUUCUACGAUUACCAAGGUUAAAAUGACCGUUUCUAAGGCCUUCCGAAUCAACGAGUCCACUUUAAAGUUAGCCUUCAAGAUAAAGUCAAUUUAAGGUCCCUUCGUCGCAGGAAAGAAUACAGAUGGUGUAUUUUUAACUACCACUUUCUGCUCCGACGUCCAUAAAUUCUCUAUUAAGAUUCGAGUUGAUUCGUAAUAGAGAGAAAAAAAUUCUUUCAUCUUUUUUAUGUCAAAUAAUCCUAAAUUUUUAUUACUUUAGUUCGAAGUGCUUUUUGUUUAAGUGAUCUUUAACACAUUAGAUAUUUUUAUAUAUGCACAUUUUAUACAAAAAGUUUGUUCAAUCUUUUUAUUAAGACUGCAAAAAAAUAAAUUUUUUAUAAUUUCUACUUGGAUCUUUUAGAUUCACUCUGGACCGCACUGCCAUUGCCAAUCGAUCACAACUUUCUCCUAUGCAGAGUUAUUUUAUUACCAAUUAAUUAUGAUUUGAUACGCGCGAAAAUCCGACUGCAGGCGUGACAGGCGUGUUAGAUAACGCGAUUCGCGUAACGCGUAAAAUUAACUGGUCGAUUAUCAGUAUCUAUUAUCGCAUAAUAACGCGCUCUUGACCUGCUUAGUCCCAUUAACAGUAAGUUCAUGCAGCAACCGAUUUGAUUCUAUCUACCUACGUCGGAUAGAUACUGGCAUGAACGUUAAUUAUUCGCACGAAUUACUUCCUGUCUCUGUCGGACCGUGAUUAAACGUACGUGAUGUGAUUGAAACAUUGUCUGGUACCGACGCGGAUAAAAAGGCAUACAUCGUUUCCGCAAUUACACAUUUAUCCUAUUUUCCUUCUGAUAUUUUUUCUUACCACAUACUCGCAUAGAAUUUAUGUAAUAACUGUUUAUUCAUUAACUAUGAACGAGACGAAGAUAAUAACUUUAAUUAGCAUAAAAAUCAAAUUAUACUAGUCACAUUUUUUUACCCGAUUGAUUACACUUGUUCUACGCGAUAUAAAAAUUUAAAAAGACUUGAAUGUAAAAUUAAUGAAGGUCUCGAAUAAACGUCUCGAGGAUAUUAUAAUCAGCAAAAUAAAUGUAGCCAUAUAUUUUCUGUCAAUUAAAGGAUAUACAAUAUCGUUAAUAAUCACCAUGAAGACCUUUACAUUUACAAAAGUGGAUAUCGCGAAUACAUCAUAAAGCUAUUAAAUAUUGAUUAAUCGUGUUUGCACGAGCGUGACGUCAGAGAACUGAGAUUUAUUUAUGCUCAAUGAAUACUGUCAACGGAAAGCUAUGUAACCUUUAUCGGCGAGCUUAUAAUUGUGACCGACUUUUCGAUGAAGAAUCGAAUUCGAAGAAAGGGAAGGACUAGCCUGAACGACUUAUUGUGUGUCACGAAUAACACAGAUAACAAAAUAAUUUCUAUAGAAUAUAAAUACUCGAAAAAUGCGUGUGUGAUUUCGAAAACUAAUACGAAAUUGAAGAGAACACACGGAUGAAGAUGCUAGUCGUGCACUGUGCCGCAUUCGGUAUGCGAGGAAUUCUUUUUUUACGAGAACUUAAAGCAAAUUAUCAAUUUAAAAAAUGGGUAAUACAGAGAGCAAUGUAACAAGCGGAGUAAAGAAACAGACGGAUACAUCGUCCAUUCUGCUUUACAAAUUAGUCGACCUAAAAGGUGGAGGUUUGUUAGUAGAUAUGAUGAAAAGAGCUACACAAACCAAGCAAUAUGCGGAAUUAGACCAUGCACUAAGAACAAAAGUCGAGCCCUUCCUGUACAAUAAGGGAAAAGGCAAAUGGAUACCUGUAGAAAAACUGGUUCUCUUGCGAAACAAAGAUCGUCCGCGACAUAGAAUGCUGCCGCCUUUAAAAGCUAUGGAAAAUCCAGCGGAUUACGAUAUAGACAAAGAUAUGGGUGAUGAAGAAGUUGACGAAAAUAAGAUAGAUAAGAGUAAAUAUAGAUUGGUAUGCUGGAGUUUGAGUGAGAGAGGCGCCGUCGGCGAAACUAUUUUGCAUUUGUGUAUGUUAAACGCUACUGCUAUUCACGCCGAUUUGGCAAAACGGCUGUUACGUUUUUAUCCGAUGCUUAUAAACGAUAUUUACUUAUGCGACGAAUAUUACGGAGAAAACGUGUUGCACAUUGCUAUUGUAAACGAGGAUCCAUCAAUGGUCAAAUUUCUUCUCGAUAGUGGUGCGGAUGAUCCGCGUAUAAUCCAUGAGAGAUGUUUUGGUAACUUCAUGUGUCCGGAAGAUCAGAAAGCGUCGAGAUUCGACAAUAUGGACCACGAAUGGGUCUGUGUCGCACCUGAAACAAAUUAUAACGGAUAUGUAUACUGGGGAGAGUACCCGUUAAGCUUUGCCGCGUGUCUUGGCCAGGAAGAGUGCUACAGGCUUAUGCUCGCUAGAGGCGCAGAUCCUGAUAAACAGGAUACAAAUGGGAAUACUGUUUUGCAUAUGCUGGUGAUAUAUGAAAAAUUGGCUACAUUUGACAUGGCUUAUGAAGUAGGAUCCUCUCUGGCCUUAAGAAAUGUUCAACAUCUGACACCAUUGACUUUGUCAGCAAAAUUGGCUAGAAUCGAAAUGUUUUUUCACAUCCUGAACAUCGAGAGAGAGAUAUAUUGGCAGAUCGGUAGUAUAACUUGUGCAGCCUAUCCAUUGUCACAAAUAGACACAAUUGAUGUUAAUACCGGAACAAUUAACAACAAUUCUGCUCUGAAUUUAGUUGUCUUUGGUGAAAAAGAUGAACAUUUAGAGUUGAUGGAUGGUAUACUAGUUGAUCUUUUGAAUGCCAAAUGGAACACUUUUGUUAAAUCUCGAUUUUACCGUCAAUUCUUCCUCUUCUGCUUCUAUUUCGUGCUAUCGCUGAUUAGUUUCACUUUUCGUCCUGGCCUAUCUGCUCCGCAAACAGUCGAAAAUGGGAACGAUACGUUAACCAGGAAUUCUUCCAACAUAACAACGAUGGAGACUUUGAUCCUUAAGUCACUCCAAAGCUCAGAUCUAUCAAAAUUAAUUACAAACAGUUUUACAACAGUUUUUACUUCAAAUUUCAUAUCAUCUUUAAAUAUAACGCAAGAAUCGCUGGAGAAGAUGCAGCUACAAGUGACUUCAAAUAUUACAUCAGCUCUGAAAAAUAUUUUGUUUUUAAUCUUGAAUGACAAUGAGGACAUUCUGAAUAUUCCAGAUGAAACUGCUAUUCAUACACCAUGGUAUACAGAUAGUCCUGAAAAUGCAUCAAACUAUUUUACAAAUACAUACAACAGAAAUAUUAUAAUUGAUGUAAAUUCUACUGCCAAAACAAUCAUUAGCAGCAUCACAUUGCCAAAAUUCAACAAUCAUGAUAACUGGUGGGAAAAUCUUACCGGAGAAUGCAGAUUAAUGCAGCUGACAACAGUGACGGCAAAGAUUCGUCUAAUUACAGAGAUUCUGAUGUGGAUUGCAGCAUUACUCUACAUCAUGGCUGCAUUACGGGAGGCAAACUUUCUGGGCCUUAAUAUGUUUAUCGAAAAUCUAAUGACGGCGCCGUCGCGUGUAAUGUUUCUGUUCUCUUGCUGCAUCUUACUCUCGUUUCCGGUCUUGAGACUCACCUGCGCCGAUGAAGUCGAAGAUAUUUUGGCGGUCGUUGUGAUGCUAACAACUGCGCCGUAUUUUUUGUUCUUCUGCAGAGGUUUCAAAACGGUCGGUCCUUUCGUAGUGAUGAUCUACAGAAUGAUAAUGGGCGAUCUCCUUAGAUUCGUUUCCAUUUAUCUUGUCUUUGUUAUGGGGUUCUCUCAAGCAUUUUAUAUCAUCUUUCUUUCGUUUGAUAAUCCAAAUACUCCGGAAGGAAUAGACGAUACAAUGACAAAUCCAAUGUCAUCGCCAGUGGAAAGCGUUCUGGCGAUGUUUUUAAUGAGUAUGACAAAUUUUGGUGAUUAUUUUGGCACUUUUGACAGAACUGAGCACGAAUUUGAAGCAAAGCUGCUGUUUGUGUUAUAUAUGGCGAUCGUGGCAAUCUUGCUCGUAAAUAUGCUAAUUGCUAUGAUGGGUAACACGUACCAGAAAAUUGCUGAAACCAGAAAUGAAUGGCAAAGACAAUGGGCCCGCAUAGUUCUAGUUGUAGAGAGAGGUGUAAGUCCUGCUGAAAGACUAAGAAAGUUGAUGGAUUAUUCUCAACCCAUGUCCGACGGUCGUAGAGCAUUGGUUCUCCGAUUAAAUCAAACUGAAGAAGAUAAGGAGGAAAUGAAAGAAAUACUCGAAAUGAAAAGAAUCCAUGAUAAAUUGCUGAAAAAAAGACAAAGCAGAAUAGUAAAGGAGAAAGUUCUAGCAGAAACAGAAAUCAUUAUUACUAAGAAUUAAAUAAAUAAUCAGUAAAGUAGGGGAAACAAAUUUUCUAAUUUCUAAUCAAUACUAGAGUUUCCAUGACAACAAACAUUCCUGUUAUUAUGUGUGAUUAUAUCA